ACCUACACUUUGCCACAGAAUGCAUCAACAACAGGGACCGGAUCACUUUGGUCUAGACAGCCCUUUGAGCAGUUUGGCGUAGCGGAGAGGACUGGUGCUGUUGGUGAGGAGCUCAGGAAUAGAUCGAAUCCGAUAAAUAUAGACAACAACUCUUCCUCUACUGUUGAUGCAGAGGCUAAGCUUCUUCAGUCAUUCAGGCACUGUAUUCUAAAGCUUAUUAAACUGGAAGGAUCCGAGUGGUUGUUUGGACAAAGCGAUGGAGUUGAUGAAGAACUGAUUGACCGGGUAGCUGCACGAGAGAAGUUUAUCUAUGAAGCUGAGACUCGAGAAAUAAAUCAGGUGGGUCACAUGGGUGAGCCACUGAUUUCAUCGGUUCCUAAUUGUGGAGAUGGUUGCGUAUGGAGAGCUGAUUUGAUUGUGAGCUUUGGAGUUUGGUGCAUCCACCGUGUUCUUGACUU